UCAAAUAUGAGUUGUUUUAAAUUAAGGUUGUAUAGGAUUUAAAUUACUUUGAUGCAAGUCAAUUUUUGUUCGGACACGAAGAGUUAGAAUUUAUUUACCUUUUCAUAACCAGAUCAAAAUAAAUUGAAUUAGGAUUCGAAUAGGUAAAAUUAAAUUUUCGAGUUUAGAUAAAAAUAUAGAAAACUGAAAUUAAAUGUAUAAUUUGAAAUUUAAUUAUUUUUUUAAAUAUAAAUAAUGGAUGGAGUUGAUGAUAAUGAAAACUGGGGAGUAUAUUAAAAGUCAUCUACAAUCCAUAGCCAUCUUCUUAUCUGUUCUGCCCAUUUUUCCUUCUCUCUCUAUUUCUUUAUAUUUUUAAGGAGUAAAUGAAAUAGACAUGGAUUAGCUUAGCCCUAUUGUUGUUGCUCUGGUCCCAAAUCUUUCCUUUGUUAUCCAUAUUUCUGUGCUUAUAAAUCCUUAAUCUACGCCACCCCUUCAUUCCUUGUUUUUAUCUUUCCCUUCUUUAAACCUCUAUAGAUGGAAGUGCUGAUGGGACCUACCUUCGCCAUCGACGUUGCCGCAUCGGCAGCGGCCUACACUAGAGACCGUUCUAAGGAUACGAUUUCCUCUCCUUGCUUGUUUAUCAAGGACGAUGAAGCUUGUCCCGGCUCGGAUCCCAGGUCUCCGGAUCUAUCCUCCGAUAGUUCCUCCUCGAUCGGCUCCCCCGGAGACAGCGACGUUGAAGAAGAAGACGACGGUGUCGUUUCAUCCGGGGAAAGUAAAGGGUUGUCUUUCGACUCCUUAGAGGACUCUCUUCCCAUCAAGAGAGGAUUAUCGAAUCACUACGUGGGAAAAUCAAAAUCAUUCGCAAAUCUAUCUGACAUAAACUCAGUGAAAGAGCUGCAAAAAGUGGAGAGCCCCUUCAACAAGAGGAGGAGAUUACUGCUUGCAAAUAAAUGGUCAACGAGGUCCAGGAAAUCAUCUUUCUAUUCAUGGCAAAGCCCCAAUUCCAUGCCUCUUCUUGCUUUGGUUGAAGACGAUGAAGAUACAGACAACAACAGCUACAAUAAACAAACACCAUCAUCAUCGCCGCCUUCAUCGUCCUCCUCCUCGUCGGAGUAUGAUAAAAUAACAUCAACGAAACCUAAGUUGCAGCAAAGCAAUCUGAGGGCUAGUUUCAAGUCUCAAAGUUGUCUUUCUCUUACGGAUCUCCACGUACAAGUAGAUCAUCAAUAACCCAGUUUUUGUUUUCUUUUUCACCAUGAAAAAUGCAUUAGGAUUUAGAUUACUAGCAAAAAAUUUUUACCAUCGAAGUAUAUAUGUAAAACUUUUAAACUUUUUUUUAUAUAAAUAAAAUAUUUUCACUGAUUUUAUUAUUGUUUUUUGGGGGAUAGAGAAUUAGUUUGUAGUUAUAUGGAUGAUGGUGGGAUGGAGGAUGAUUUUUGUUUUGUCAUGUUAUUAUGGUGAUGAAUGAAUGGGGGGGACUGCGUUGAUAUUUCAGUGUUGAAUAAAGGAGAGGAGGAUGUAAAUGGAUUAAUAGACCAAUGUUUUUCCUUUAUCAUCACCAUCAUCUAUUUUAUCUAGGAAUAGUAUCCGUUGAAUAUAGUGAAGGAAUUUUAAUUUUCCAAA